AUGCCACCCAAGUUCCACCCCGACUUCAAGUCGCCCACCGGCAUUGUCCUCCAGUCGUCCGACGACACCUGCUUCGCCUUCAACGGCCACGUCCUCGCCUUCCUCUCGCCGUUCUUCGCCGACCUCCUCAAGGUGCCUGCGCCAGCUGAUACCAAGCACAACCCCAUCCCCACUGGCGUCGGCACUGAUGCGCUCGCGCUCGCCCUCACCCUCAUCGAGGAGGGGAUGAGCUACCGCCUCACGACGCCGCGUCCGAAGUGGCCAACGACCGACGUCUUGUCGGACCUUCUCACCCUCGUGGACGCGUACGAGCUCACGUUCGUGGCAGAUGAGCUACUGAGCCGCACCUCAGCCAUCGUUGACUCCCACACGUUCGACCGCUACGCCUUUGCUCGCGCGUCCGAGUGGGCCAAGACGGUUCUCGAUGACCACAACAAGCUUGCCGAGCUCUACAAGACCCACCUCGACCACACCGUGUCCAACUACAAGCGCCAGGCGGAGUACGCCUCGAGCACGACGAUGAGGAAGAAGAAGAAGACCGAUCCGCGCACCAUGCCCGUCGUCAAGCGCGACGCCGACGCAGCGGCGAUCACGCUCGAGUCGUCAGAUGGCGUGCGCUUCACAUUCAACCCGCACCUCCUGGCCCACGUCUCACCCUUCUUUGCCGACCUCUUCAAGGUGCCCCCUCCUCCAUGCAGCAACGCCAACCCCAUCCCCAUCGCCAUCAGUGCCGACGCGCUCGAGCUCUGCCUCGACCUCAUACGCGAGGGAAUGAAUCAUCGCCGCGAGAACACCACGCGUUGGCCCACCACGAAGGUUCUCGACGACGUCAUCAAGUUCGUCGACAAGUACGACAUGUCAUUCGUCGCGGACGAGCUGCUCGCCCUCACCCGCGACAAGGCGGAAGGCAAGCGUGUCGACGAUAACGACCCAUUCAAGUCGACCCAGUCGAUCCAAGCGUUCGAGCGCUACGCGUUUGCGUGCGCGACCAAGUCACCUUACGUCGUCAAGGAGCUCUCAAACACACUCCGCUACAACCACCGCGCGAUGUCCAAGUGGGCAGAGAAGACCCUCAAGAACGACCCCCUCGCCCUCGCCGAGCUGUACAAAGCGCAUCUCGACAAGCGCCCAGCCACGUCAUCCCGACCAGCGGCUUCGCCUUUCGUCCCAGCUUCCAAGGUGGCCGCGCCGGCCAAGAGGAAGAAGGUCUAG